CUUCCUCGCGAUCAGGAGGGGAAUAAUUCACAUGUUUGGGGGAAUCAUCUACGAGGUAAUCAGUUUGAAUUUUAACAUGCCAAUUGCCUGAGGGUUUUGUGGAUUCAAACGAAGAGUGGAACAACAAUACUGGGGAUCCUGAUCAACAGAUAUAAUCAUUCUUCGUUUUUUUGGUGUGAUUCCAUUGACUGAAGCUGACAAACACAUAAAUAAAUAUUUUUAUGACUUUAAUUAGUUGUGAGUGAGUGAUUGAAGUGUUUACGUGAUUCAUCGAUGUCCAGGUAGUGAACGAUUUAAAGUGGAAUUAAUAAAAAAAAUAGUAGCAAACGAUGAACUGAGUAGGUGAUUUUUAAUUUUUAAUUAGAGUCUAGUGUUGGUGAUAAAAGUGUUGUGUAAAGUGUUGUGUUGAAAUGUGAAAAAUCCAGGUGAGAGAAUGAGCGUCAAGGCUGAGGAGCAUGAUGUAAUGGACGCCUCGCUGAGUUGAAUGAGGAUAAAUCAGAAUGAACCGUCGCGAUCAGGAUCCACUGCUACGGCAGCACUGUAGUCGUCUUCUUCAAUUGGCGGAGACGACCAAUAUAAAGCCAGGUCGAGGAAGUGGAAAGAGACGAGGACAGAAGGGCCAUGGAAUCACAUCGAGUAAUGCUGGUGGGGCACGGAUUACACUCCAGGACAUCGUGAGAAAUGAUCCCGGUUAUACGCCUAAUAUUGAGCACUUGGUCUUCCCGGAGCGCAAGGGGAGCAAUCCAAAUUUGUCCGGGAAGAGUGGCAAUUCGUCGGUUAAGGGUAAAACCUCCAAUCCAACAGGAUCGACUGCCAAAUCGAGGCUUGUGGAGGUCAUUGCAAGACCCUACAUGCGAGGAUCAUCAUUACAGGACUCGGUUAAUGCCAGGAAUAAUCAUUUUAAUAGUACUUCAUUGGACAGCGGAAGUGCUAGUGUAAUAGGAGGUCAUCAGCCGGUCUCAGGAUCAUCAAGGCUAUCGAGUCAGCGUCGAUGGUUGUCUCAGACAUCCCAACAAUCCUCCCGACAACAGUCAAGCGAUGAUGGGGGAAGCCACGUGGGUGUCGUGGGCGUCAGUACUGGAACUACGACCUCAUCUUCGGUACAGCAACCUCGACGAGUCAGUCCCGCGUCGGAUUCUAACGAGAUCGUGGACUCUACCGCCAAUUCGGUCAUCAGGAUCGAUCGCGAACGAGCCGAUAGGGGAAAUAUUUCAAUUCUCCACAUGCGUGGUGCCUCCUCAGCAGAAAGCUGGGAAUCAUCAAAGUCCUGUCGUCCAACCAGACCCACAAUCUACAACCGUACAACCUCAAUUCCCAAUUCAAAACGUCAGCCAUCCCCAAAAGGCAGUUCAACAAGCAUUGUCAAUGUACCAUCAACAACACCAUCGAGAAAUCAUCACUGUCGUGAGGGAAAUCAUCGCCGUCGCGAUCCAUCAAAUUCAUUCUUCACCGGUAGCAGCGGUACAUCCGGUGAAUUAUUCAUAAGUGGUGAAUGCAGUCGUGAAUUAUCCCCAGUGCGUUGGUGCGAUCGUGAAGUUGAUGGUGUCUACCUGGGUAGAUCUGGUUGGGUGCAGGUACAGCAGAGAUCACUAGACGAAAAUCGUAAAACUAAUUACGAAACUGGACAAGCCACCAACAACAGCACCACCAGCGGUACAAUUCCCUUAUCACGACGAGCUGUUAAAUUGGCUGACUAUCACUGCACCAAUAGUGAGCCAGGCAAGUGUCCUGAUUAUGGACGAAGCUUAACCCUGGACUCUACCCCACGACCUGACUUUCUGAAGCUCCAGAAUACGGAUUAUGAGCCACCAAGUGGUUGUGCAUCACCCCACAGCAUUGAAUCCUUCUCACCACCAUCAGUAACACCAAUAAUAUCACCACCACCUGCCUUCCAGGAUGUGGCAAAAAAAAUCCGGACACGGGGUACAUAUCCAAAGGCACCAUUUCUACCCCGAUCAAAUGCUAUUAUCGACAGCGAUGUCAUCAGUCCCCCUUCCUCACCGCCUCCAAAAAAUUGGGGCUCGCAAACGAGAAAAGUUAUUGGUACGGCAAUUAAGCCAAGACCAAGACGUCAAUCGCAGAUGUCAAGUGGUAACCACCAGAAGCCUGUUCAGGAUAAGCAAUAUCGUUUGCUGUCAGCUAAAUCCCUGGAGGAUCAUUCCACCACUCGGCGAAUUCAAUUUGCCCAGAGAUAUCGUGAAUCAUCCUCGUCAUCAUCAUCGUCAAUGGGUUUUAGAAGUCUUGACAGUUUUGUCAGUCGUAAUACAAUGCCGAGACUCGCUGAAAACACGGACUCGUCGGUUGAAGGAUACGAGGAUGGUGAUGAGGAUGAUAAUCCAGAUUCUUCACUUAAUUUGGGAGUAAAAUCACCGAGUCCACUUGACUCGUCGCCCGACGCCAAGGCGUCUAUUUCUCAGGAGAGAUUGUCGAGAAAGUCUUUGAGAAGAUCUCCUGGUUCGUCUGAUGCUGGUAAAUUGUCCUUUGACUCUACCUCGUCCUCGUCAUCACCGUCAACAUCGUCGAACAGUGGAACUGGUAGAUCACCAAAUAAUUUUAAACGAUCUAGUCAACGGGGACAGCAUCAGGGCUUCAGAAAUACCAUUGGAUCACCAGAUUCACUGCAGACAUCUCGAGUCAGGAGAUCCAAGAGCCUUCAAUUACCGGAGAAACGUUCGCCUGGUGCACACCAGACCCCCAGGGAACAUUUUAAUGAUGCCAGGGUUGUCAAGAUCACUGACAAGCCCAGUACGACGGAGAGGAGUAAGAGAUAUCCACUAGCUGCUCGCAAAGCUCAAUCGACCGAUGAAGCCCUAAACCCAGAGCACCUCCGCGAAACUGAAGUUGUAACUGAAUAUCUUUAUGGUACAAGAAGCCGAGCAUCAGUCAGGAGCAUUGUCUCGAGUCACUUUGACUCUCGCGAUGAUGCCCAAGAACGUCGCGAGCCCUACGAUGUGUACUUUAUCUCCUCAAAACAGUCCCGAUCUCAUCAGGAUCGUCGAGCCAAGAGUCUUCAACGGGGCGCAACAACCCCAACCACCAGCAACUUUAUGAAUGACAUGAACAAGAUACGAUGCAACACGAGCACCUGCAACUACUGGCCCCACUGCUCCGAGAGUCUUUACUCACCGAAUCAACCUCAGCCCCUGAUGAAGAUCUCCCAGAGUUAUCCGACUCACCGGCGGGUCUCCACGGACAGUGUGACAAGCCAAUCGAAGGAUCGUGCAAGCACAUGCUCCUCACCAGCCUCCCUAGACAUCGUUGAUGAUCGUGAUACACGGAAGACACAUGUGCGAAAGGAGAUGAAGAGUGCGAUGAAACGAUCAUCACCGAAUAGCUACGAGGGGACGACUAGGUGGGAGUACAGAAAUGCUAGAGCAUCACCGGAAGUGAUGAAGAACGUGGGAGUGUCGACAAAUGGUACAUCAUCGGUGACUACUUCCUCGUCAUCCAGCAGUGACAUCUGGAUAACAACAUCUGACAGAACUGUCACGAAGAGCCCGAAAAAUCCGAAGAGCAGUGGAGGCUCAACGCCGAUGGAGGAUACGAUUGUCGAAGGGGGUAAGGGUGGAGAUCCUGUCAGGGAUAAGGAUCACGCCCGACCCGGAAGUGCACCAACCAAACGGGAAAUUUCACCGGAAGCACCGGGAUCACUUGAACCUCAUCAGAGAUCAUCUUCGUUGCCAAAGUCCUUUCUCACACUGGAGUCGAGUGCUGAUGGGGAAACGAGUCUACAGACGACGAACCCAACUUGGCACAGGAACGACGGCUCGAGGAGGUCAACGCCAAGCCCCAAUACCCUUCAUCCUGAUGCACCGUCUUCACCGAGGACUGCUCCUGGUUCUCCUUCACCUGGACACCAAUCAAUCCCUCGAAAUAUGGAGAGACGACGUGGUACGGAGAUUAGUCGCACUCAACGACGUAUCAAGGCCUCCAGUACACCAACAUUACUCGAUCACGAUGAAAGUAAUCAGUGGUCGAUAGACGAUGGCCAUCAGUCUCACGAGGAAACGUCACGAAGACGAGACAUGAGUACAGAGCAUCCCCUGGUAGAGGCGACAAUUCCCCUAGUUCGCCACCCCAGAUUACAAGAUGCCACUGGAUCCUCCAACUCCCAGAGCACCGAGACACCGUCAUACAGGUCUCGCGAUAACUCCCAGCAGGAGAGCGUUCUCCAGAAAUUUCGCAAAAGUUUUUCCCUUCGUUUUCACAAACGAGGUAGCAAGGAGGGGAGUACCGAGGGCGAUGGCCAGUCAAUCACGCAACUACCACCUGCUCUACCUGUAGACGAUGAGGCCGAUACUUCUGCAUUGCGGGGUUUGAAUAUCGAGCAGGAGAGGGAGAACGAUCCUCCGGAGUAUCAGCAGACACAGCAGAAGGAGGAGUUCGGAGGGGAUCAAAAAUUUCGAUUUGGACCCCUCGUCUGGCGUUCGAGCAAAGAACGAAAGAAACAUAACAAGGCAGCGCGCAAUGCCAAAUGCAACAGCGGAGACAGUGGUAUUCAAAUUGAGAUGGUAUCUGGCGGAGCGUCGACUGGGGGCUGUGGAGGUGGAACAAACAUUGGCGAUAGUUCAGAGUCUCACGACACCGAUCCGCCGGAUGAGACCGACAGUCCGCCGGCAUUGCGACGUCGAGUUAAUGAAAAAUAUCGACCCCAGUCAGAGCUCAUCAACCAGAUACUCAUCGAUAAGUUGAAGGCGGAUUUGCAGCAGAACCGGAGCACUCGUCAUUAUAAUGUGCGUAGAACAAACAGUGAUCUAGGGGGUCAGAGACUUCUUCAGUGGGACACACGGGGAUAUGGUAGUGCUCUCCAGUACAGGAGAAUGCUGUCAACCCCAUCACCCAUUAAGACACGACCACCGAGGCUCAGCCCGAGACAUUCCUCCCACGAUAUCGUUACACUCAGAAGUAACGCAAAAGGGAGAAACUCUCGAACGAAUCUGAGACGUUCGCUGAGUCAGCCACUGGGAAUAAAUCAGCUGUCGCCACUAAUGCGCACCAAAACUACAGGUGCGAGAUUUCCUGGUGGUAAUGUUCUCUCGGAGGACGAACACGAUCUGAGAUGUGGAGGAAGCGGUGGUAUGGGCAUUGGAACGUCUGAUGAUGAAAUGAUGUCGGAUUCUGAAUCAUCGAUUGCCUCGCUGACGGAGAGGAAGAAGUCUUUUGAGCAGGCGAUGGACGAGGAAAUAGCUAUACUCGCUGAAGCUGUCUGGGAUCACGUGGCUAUUGAACCUGAGGAGCUCGCGUUCCGGGCUGGGGAUCUUAUUGAUGUGCUUGACACACUUGACAAGGACUGGUGGUGGGGCAGCUCCCGAGGAGAGCACGGAUGGUUUCCUGCCGCAUUCGUUAGGUUGAGAGUCAGCCAGGACGAGACUGUGGAGGAUCGUCUAGCGGCAAUGGUAUCAGGAAGCGAUUCAACCCAAUCGCGAAGACGUGCGAGCAUCUCCUUGCUCUCUAAUGAGCAAGUGAGGAGCAGUGUUGUUCGUGAACUGGUUCAAACUGAGAGGGAUUUUGUCAAAGUCCUCAGGGACGUGGCGGAGGGCUACGUUGCAGAGUGUCGCAGACGCGUUGACAUGUUCACGGAGGAGCAGAUCGACACGAUAUUCAUAAAUAUCGAGGAUCUUCUGGAGUUUCAGUCGGAGUUUCUGAAGGAUUUGGAGGCACGUAUCGACUGGAGUGCACCACACAAAAGCUGCGUUGCUGAGUGUUUCCUCAUUCAUAGAAAUGGCUUUCGAAUGUACUCGGAGUACUGCAACAGCCAUCCGAUGGCAAUGGUAACGCUGCAGGAGCUGUAUCGUCACAACCGUUACAGUAAAUUUUUCGAGGCCUGUCGACUGAUGCGCGGCCUCAUAGAAAUUCCCCUGGACGGUUAUCUGCUGACACCAGUCCAGAGAAUCUGCAAAUAUCCCCUCCAGCUUGCUGAACUACUCAAGUACACAAAAACUGAGCAUCCCGAUUAUCACAAGAUACGAGAGGCUCUCGAUGCUAUGCGAGCAGUUGCUGUACUGAUUAACGAGAGGAAGAGACGAAUGGAGAGUCUGGAGAAACUUGCAGCUUGGCAACUGAGGCUCGAAGGAUGGGAGGGCGAAGACCUCAUCGAGGUGUCCUCACAAUUGAUCUACCAAGGUGAUGCUGUAAGAGUUACAACUGGAAUGUGGACAAACAACAUAACACUUUUCUUGUUUGACCACCAGCUGGUUUAUUGCAAAAAGGAUAUUUUGAAGAGGGAUACUUAUAUUUAUAAGGGACGUAUUUAUCUGGAUACUAGUGAGGUCAUUGAUGUCCCUGAUGGCAAAGAUCACCAGCUUGGGGUGACAGUACGCCACUGUCUGAAGGUCUACAGCUGUGUUCGGGAUAAGUGGCUCCUGUUCUGCUGCAGAUCAGCCGAGGAAAAGCGCAAAUGGUUAGCAGCAAUGGCCGAGGAGCGUCGUCUAGUCGAACAGGAUCGCAACGAGGGCCUAGAAUUUCCUGCAGCAGCUCGCCAACUGGCGCGUCUUGCUGCAACAAGACAGCAACGCUGUCGUCCCCCAAUGAAACCGAGAAAUAAAACCUACAAGCACGAGGCCUACGAGAUGCCAGUGUUUCAAUCGAACACUUCAAAUUCCCUGGGACGUAAAGUCGGUACAUGGUUCACAUUUGGUAAUAAAAAGGGCACGAGAAUGCGGCCAUCCUGAGCCAGGCCCACCUUCGUGCCAUACAUCGACCUGUGAUUGGAUUCUUAACAAGUAAUUAAUCGUCUGGGGCACGAGGGUCGCAAUUGUCGAAUUUAACGAGGAUUUUGCCAGAGACAGGGCACUGUAGACACGAGCACAAUUGUUAUUGAUUAUAAAUAGUCAUUGAAUUAAUUAUAGUCUGAUAACUACUCUAAUGCAACGACAUCAACCAACGCCAAAGCCGCUUGUAAAAAAAAUGAAUCUCCAGAAUUUUGUAGAAUUUCUCCAGAUGACGAUGAUUUUAGUCGCGAGUACUUUUGGACAAUAGGGACGUCUAGGCGGUGAAAUAGCUUCGUUAGAUAUUUUAAUAGUGAAGCUAUGUGUAAAGAUAAUAUCGAUGGUUGUACUUAAUAUAGCGUAAUCAAUAUAACGAUAUUAUAACUUCAACGAAAUGCUAAUUUUGGUUAAUGAGAAAACUUCCAGGAUCAUCUUUCAAAGACUGAGGGCUAAGUUGAAGGGACAUUACAUGAUAUGAAUAUUAGUGUGGGGGAGGUAAUUCCAUCCUAACUUAUCGACUGCCUGCUAUUUCUGCGCAAUAAUAAUGCACCGAAUAUCAUUGAGUGAAGAGAUCUAUCAGUCACAGCACAAUAAAUGCUUUAGACGCUGGGGGGAAAAUCAUUUCUACGGGGGGUAAUUUCGACAGGUGGAGGAAAUUCAGUGGAAUUUUCAGGUGAAAUAAUUGAGAAUUGUUCGUACACAGGAGUUUUGCUAUGAAAUCGAUGAUUUUUUGGGUGAAAGUCAAUCAGCCACUGCCAGUUUUAGGGAAUCAUUUGGAUGAUUCGGGAUGAGGAGGGUAGGAAUGAUUAAUUAAUGAAGUUGGGGGGUGUCUAUUCAGUAGGGGAAUAUUAUUUAAAAGGCACAUUAUAUUUUCUAUAGAGGUUGUGAACGACUGUUCGAAGAUAUCGUGUUUAAUCGAGCAUUUUGGAUAAUCCUACAUAGAUACGCACAUCUUUUUAUGAGAAAUAUAUGGGGUAUUGUAGUACGAUGUAAUUGAAUUAGGUGAAUUAUUUCACUCAGAUGGUUAAUUAAUAACAGAGAGCACUGUGGGGAUCACUGAUAUUUCUCGAAUUAUUCAGCAGUAAUUGUAUAAAAAUGAAAAUUAAUGCGAUAACGUACUAGUAGAUUGAUGAGACGACAAUAUAAUUGAUUGAGUAGUGAAUUUUCUUUCUUAUCAAGUAAGAAAUGUAUAAAUAAAUUUUAAUGCUGGCGAUCAGGAGUUGGAGGCUAAUUACGUACAAUAUUUGUUGCUGAACACAACUCUUUUCAGAGUUAUUUUUAUAGAUAAAAUUGUUGUACGAUGGGAGGGGGCAUCGACAUUUGCCCAGACACAGGUGGGGAUAUUCAGGGCUUCGGUGGAAGUUUUUUUAUUGUUGAAUCUGAAGAGGGAAUUGAUAAUAUCAACUGUGGGGGAAGUUAAUGAGUCCUCAAGCUCAUUAAUUUCUCAUUAUUCGGCGGAAUUAGAUGCCACGGGUUUGAUAUUCUCUCUCCCGUCUUCGUAUUCUAUUUUAUCCGACAAAAUAAUUUCAUUGGGGGGGGGGGGGGGGGUUUAACCCUGAGAAUGUGAAUUAUUUAUUCUGGGAGAUAUUGAUCAUUCCCUGUGACAAUUAUUGGGUUGAGCAGGGGGUGAAGGGGUGGCAUUGGGUUUGUUUAGGAAUUUAAAAUCCGUAAGGAGUGAGUCCAGACCAUAUCUCAUUUAAAAGAGGUGCAUUAAAUUGAAUAAAAUAUAAAGAAUAAGGGGAUUAAUUGAAAAAUGUCACUGAUUGAGGUGAAUGAAUCCAACCAGAUAUUCCUGUAAUGCACACGUGCAGUUAUAUUAUGUAAAUAUUGGUUAAUUGUAAUGGAUAGUUGUAAAUAAUUGUAGUGAUUCGUAGAAUUGAUUUAGAUAAAUUCGACCAGUCUAUCUAAUGUGAGUAUGAAAACACAUAACUCAUUGGUAGAAACUAAACAGGAUUUUUUCCUUCGAUUGUUUCGUUCCAUACGUUGUUGAGACAAAGUUAUCGUCUGUCCGGAAUUAUUUAUGUAUACAUGUGGAAUGGUAAUUCGUUCGAUUGUUUAACCUUACGAUGUACAGUUUAAUCAUUUGAAUAUGGCAUUAUUAUUGUUAAAAGAUAAUUGUUUUCAUAUUGAGAGGAAAAUAUAUAGUAUAUAUUUACACACAGACACACAUGAUAUAUACUGAGUUACAUAUGUGUAAAUAAACAUUUUAUAAUUCCAGUUGA